AUGGCAAAGCACCGGGAGAUGCAGAGCUUCCUGGAUAAGCAGUCUGACAGGGAGGGUUUGGCGGAUUUCCUGGGCUCCAGGAGGAAGCUCUGCUCUCCAGAGAAGCCAGCUGAUCUCCAGGGCUUCGGAGCAGGAUCCAGGUACGGCCCUGGGUGCAGGGAGUGCGGAGCCCAUCUGGGUGUGCGACCGACGUGGGGUCCCCAGCCCCGGGAAGCCGGCCCGGCUCCGCUGGCGCCGGGACGUGUUGUCUUUGGCAGCAGCACGGGGCCAGCGAGCCCAUCGCCCGCCGAAUUCCGAGACCACAAGAGCAAACUUUUAAGGCUAGAAAGUUACCCCAACACCAGCCCAGACGUGAGACAGGCCCCAUUCCGGCAAACGUCGCCCUGUCCCCGCGUCGCGGCGGGACAGGAACCUCGCGCGGGGCUGCAGGGCCAGCGGCUACCCGGCCCUACCUCCGCCCCGCUCCCACAUCUGCAGCUGGAAUUGCAAUUUGAAGCGCUGCCGGGGCUGGGCCGGCGAGUGGGAGUGGGAGGAAGGCGCUGGGGGAAGGCAGAGGAAGCCGGAGAGGCGGCCGGCACGGCACGACACGGCACGGCGCGGUGCAGCGCGGUGCACCUAGCACGGGAGCUGCAGCAUCGUCCGACCAGCAGCGCACGGGGGACAACAUCGGGCGCCGCGGCGGGACGGGGCCCGGAGGCGGGUGCCAGCGGGGAGCGGUGCCCCACGCCGUCACCGCCCGGCUCGCCAGGGACGCGCCACAGCUGCAGCAUCGCCCCACUGACACCCUCCCAGUCCCCGAGGAGCGAGGCACACGCCGCCCCGGCCGCCUCCUUCGCCGUGGUGGUGGCCAUCGACUUCGGCACCACAUCCAGCGGCUACGCCUUCAGCUUCCGCAGCGACCCCGAGGCCAUCCACAUGAUGAGAAGAUGGGAAGGUGGUGACCCGGGGGUGGCCAACCAGAAGACUCCCACCAGCCUGCUGCUGACACCAGCGGGCACCUUCCACAGCUUCGGCUACACGGCCAGGGAUUACUACCACGACCUGGACCCCGAGGAGGCCCGCGACUGGCUCUACUUUGAGAAGUUCAAGAUGAAGAUCCACAGCACCAGCGACCUCACCAUGCAGACGGAGCUGGAGGCUGUGAACGGGAGGAAGGUGCGGGCGCUGGAGGUGUUCGCCCACGCGCUGCGCUUCUUCAAGCAGCACGCCGUGCAGGAGCUGCAGGAGCAGUGCCCGGCGCUGCCGGAGAGCGGCGCCGUGCGCUGGGUCAUCACCGUGCCCGCCAUCUGGAAGCAGCCGGCCAAGCAGUUCAUGCGCGAGGCUGCCUACGAGGUGAGCGCGGCCCAACGGUGGUGUCACCAUCCCCUCGGGGUGUCGCCUCCGCGGGGCCGGGACCUCACAGCAGCUCUGCCCGCAGCCCGGGAGCAGCUCCGGCGCUCCCGCCACAGCCGGACCUUCCUGGUGGAGUCGGGCGUCGGGGAGCUCUGGGCAGAGAUGCAGGCAGGCGACCGCUACAUCGUGGCGGACUGCGGCGGGGGGACCGCGGCCCUGCCAUCCACCCUCAGUGUCACCAUGGUUAAGUGGUCGUCGCAGGGGAUGCUGCGCCUGUCGCCUGACGCCAUGAGCGAGCUCUUCCAGCCCACCAUCAGCCAGAUCGUGGCGCACAUCGGGGAGCUGCUGCGCAAGCCCGAGGUGCAGGGCGUCAAGUUCCUGUUCCUGGUGGGCGGCUUCGCCGAGUCACCGAUGCUGCAGCACGCGGUGCAGGCGGCGUUCGGCGGCGCGUGCCGCGUCGUGGUGCCGCAGGACGUGGGGCUCACCAUCCUCAAGGGCGCCGUGCUCUUCGGCCUCGACCCCGGCCUCGCGGGCGGCGCGCGCGGGCGGCGCGAGAUCCGCGCCACCAUGCAGUUCGGGGACACCGAGAUCAAGGUCACCGCCGUGGACAUCAGGACUGCCAAGACGGUCCGGGCCACCAUCGACUUCCUCUCCAACUGA